AUGGAGGAGCAGCCAGCUUCAAAACGGCGCAGCGUCUUCAAGAGAGGUCAGAAGCAGGAGCUGUUUGAUGAUGGACAGGAGCCUGAUGAGCAGGCCGAGCUGCUGGGAAAGCUGGGAGAGCUGCACUCGGUGUGGGCCAUGGAGCGCACAGGGCGCGACUUGGCAGCCGCCAUCUGGCGACCCGAGCUGGGCCUGGCCGAGGUGGUGUUGCAGAAGGGCAAGCUGCUGGCGCACAUGGGGUUCAUGCGUGGCAGCAAGCUCUACCUGUUCAUCGAGGAAGCCGUCUACCUGCUGGACCGCGCCAACCUGCUGCUGUUCUUGCAUCAAGCGCACAGCGGCACCGACAGCAGUGGGCGGAGGUGGCAGCAGUCGCAGCAGCAGCGGCUGUUGUCGCUAGCCGAGGCGCAUGACCUGAUGCUGGCAACGGGGGUUAGCAUGGACCGCUACCUUGUCUUCUGCAAGCUGCUACGAGCCGGGUACAUUGUGCAGCGCCACCCCGCACGCUGGCUGCUGCGCCCGGGCGAGGGCCCCGUGCAGGCCUGGGCAGGGUGGGGCCAGGCCCCCGCCAUGGCCGCCGGCGGCAAGCAGCAGCAAGUUUGUGGGGCGCGCUCCGCGGUGGUGCAGCAGUGCCAGCAGCAGCAAGUCCAGCAGCAGCAGCCCUUGGCGGCAGCCCGAGCAGGCAGCACAGUUCCCACGCCCCCGGCGGCUCUGCCAGCUGGCCGCACCCCCAAGAGGCCCAAGGUGCAGCCUCAGCAGCAGCGCAGCGGCACAUGGUGGGUGGCUGGGCCAGCCAGCGUGCAGCAACAGCAACAAGGGCAACUGCAUGACGUGCACAGCAGUAGCGCCAACCCCUGGCUGCGGUGCCUGCCUGCCAACUUCCUAGACUCGCUGCCACGGUGCACGGUGCUACCGGAUGCGGCGCAGCGUGCCCGUGCCGCCUUCCCAUGCAUGGCGCCGCUGCAGGCGAUUCCGCUGGCUGAGCUGCAGCCACCAACAGGGCCUUCCGGUGGCCACCACCUGCUGCACUACGACGUGUUCAACUCCAACAGCAGGUUCAGCCGCAAGGCGCCUGGCAACCCCGCCUUUGUGGUGUCGGUGCUGCCUUGCACCGCGCUGCCCACACCACAGGACAUGUCAGCAGCCGAUGCAGCGGCCGACGGCGUGCCGGUACGUUUUUCCACGAUUGAGAAGGGUGACAUCUGCUACUAUGGGCUAGCACAUGUAGAGCUCCGCUCCAUUUUGCCAUCGUGA